AUGACUAUUCAUCGCCAGUUUACAACUCGUGACAGUGGCUCUGUCAAUGAUGCAGCAAUUUACUCUGAUCAAAUCGACUGUACAUUACUUAUUUUUGCGCAGGCUGCAAGCAACAUAUACACGGGCUUCAACUAUGGUGCAUUUUGGAGCGUAGAGGCCAAUGUGAAAAAGAAAGCCGAUUUUCUCGACGGCUUCAACUUGGCCAAAAAUCUGACAACCGACAUACCAUUCGACAGUGCGCGGCUGUUCACGUGCAAAACUGCUGGAACUGUAGACGAACCAACAGAAGCAUUUGACGCCGCCGUGGAAUCAAAUACCAACCUCUUGUUGGGCUUCUGGAUAACACCAGCACGAAGCGGGGACUCGCCUGACGAAAACAUCAAGAAUGAAAUGGCUGCGCUGGAGAAGGGGUUCAAGAAGCAUGGCCAAGCACUUUCAGACCUCAUCAUUGGACUCUCCGUAGGAAGCGAGGACAUCUAUCGCGCCGAGGAAGCUGGUGAGCUAGGCCUCACAGCAGAGGUUGUUGGGCAGACCAUUGUCAAAGUCAAGGAGAGCAUUGCUGCGUCCUCGUUUGCCCAAUAUAUGAAAGACAAGCCCAUCGGACAUGUUGAUACUGCCAAACAUUGUGUCGUAGAUACAAGUGACAGCUUCCAAUAUUCCCUGGGAGAAGUCAAGCAGCGGGCAGGCAACAAGCCAGUCUGGAUCGCAGAAAUGGGCUGGCCAUCAACCGAUACGGAGCAACAUGGUGCAGCAGUUGCAGGGAUUGACGAACUACAAAAGUUCUGGACCGAAGUUGGGUGCGUCGUAUUUGGCAAGUACACAACCUUUUGGUAUGAGCUACUGAAAGACUCUACGCCUGACCAGAAAGCCGACUGGGGUUUGAUCGAUACGCUUUCGCGCAAGCCUCGCAUCAAGGAUCUCAGCUGCGGAGUCCCAAAGCAAGAUCGACCGGUUGCCCCUUCAGUGAGCUCGCAAAUUACACUGCAGUCUUCUUUGUUAGCAUCAAACGGAUUAAGUGGCUUUCAGGCGCCCGUUCCCUCAACCACGCUAUCAUCGUCUGAGAUACAGCCAAGUUUUGGGAUAUGGGAAGCUACUCUAUCGAAGGUCGGGCCGAGCACGAGGUACCUGACGGCCUUCAAGACUACAACGAUAACCUCGCAGCCCAUACCUCCCACACCAAAGAUUUGGAGCAACGCGUCACUCUCAGAUAUUACCGCAACACAAACUAUUACACAGUUCAUAACCAUUGUGUCUCUUUUCAGAAGCAAGACAACUUCAGACCGGUCCCUUUCAUAUUUCACAACUGUUAGCAUGCCAGGUACGUCGUGA